AUGCAGAUGCUCGAUCCAAACUUAGUCACUAUGGCGGCAAGCUCACCCGCGGAAACCGCCUUGGUGAUCCUGUACUACUUGUACCCAGCUCUCGUUUUCAUCUACUUUUUCUUCGCUUCACUCGUUUCAGCCUGUACAGUACACUCUUCUGGCAAAGAUGAGAGAAAGAAGGAAUGUCCCAGCCGACGGUUGACACUCACCUUCUACCUCCUGUGCAUCCUGACAUACACUGUCCAGUUGUUGCUGCUUGCGGUCCGGGCAGUCCUCUCACAGAGCUGGCCAACGGAGGAUCACAUCAUCAUUGGACAUCUGGCUUGCGUUCUGGCGUUCGGGAUCCAACUGAGUCACUGCCUCGAUACUGACGAGGGCCCCUUCUAUCCUUUCAUCGGGUCUUGGUUGCUUGGCCUGUCUUUUGAUAUUGCAAUCACCGUAUUGUCUUCUAUCUUGAGACUUUUCUCCCCUUUCGAUGUCUUCGGUAUCCUUAUAAGCGUUAGCAUCAGCAUUCGUUGCCUGUCUUUCAUAUCACUCACUAUUUUGUUCACUGUUGGCUUUUCUGCAAAAUUGACAUCCGAUGAAGAGCAGGAACCAUUGUUGCCCAAAAUCACAACUACAUCACCUAAUAGUCCGACCAGCCAGGAAUCUGGGUAUGGGUCGACACUCCAGGCCGAGGAAGAAGAAGAAGAAGAGGCCCCGGAGUAUAGCUGGGAACGCAGAGAGAGAGAGGCUAAGGAGGCUAUGAAGAAGAGGUUCCAGGAAGGUGGAAACUGGUUUGAGUACGCCAAAGGCUUUAAGAUUCUUUUUCCAUACGUCUGGCCCGUCGGUAAUGUUGGCCUGCAACUUCGUGCUGCGGCCGUGUGCUUAUGCCUGUUCGCAUCCAACGCUCUUCAUCUACUCAUCCCUCGCCAGACAGGCAUUAUCAUGGACAGCCUGAAUGGUUCUGGCAACAGUAAUCCGUGGAUCUCGGUUCUUGUAUUUGCUGCCCUCCGCUUAGCUGCUUCUGAGUCGGGUAUCGAGCUAGUUCGUCAAUGGCUCUGGGUUCCUGUUAAGUACUAUUCCCACGACGCAUUGACACGAGCAGCCUACUCGCACAUGAUGCAUCUUUCAGCAGACUUCCACGACUCAAAAAGCUCAUCAGAUAUGAUGAUGGCAAUCUAUGGAGGCAGUGCGGUUUCCAACGUUAUUGAGAACGUCUUGCUCUAUGCCGUGCCCAUGCUCAUUGAUAUGGGGGUGGCUAUUGUCUACCUUUCUAUCACCUUCGGGCCCUACGAAGGACUUAUUACCGUGGCUACCGGUGUAUUUUUCCUUCUUAUUGCUAGCAGACUUGUUGCUAACUCCAAAGCUGCAAGUCGAAACCGUGUCAAUGCACUAUAUGAAGAACACUAUGUGCGCCAGUCUGGCUUCCUUGGGUGGCAGACAGUCAGUGCAUUCAAUCAGAUCGGUUACGAAGACAAUAGACACGCCAAUGCAGUCACAAAUCGUUGGCUUAGAGAGCAGCAGUAUGUGCUUGGGUGGUAUAUCUCAAUCGGAUUUCAAACCCUGGUUCUGACAUCUGGUCUUCUCGCGAGCGCAUUUCUGGCAGUUUACCGUAUCAGAGCAGGCCACGCAACACCUGGACAAUUUGCAAUGCUUUUGAUGUAUUGGGCGCAAUUGACAUCGCCGCUUCAGUUCUUUGCGAAGUUAGGAAAGAACGUAAGUGAUGAUUUCAUCGAUGCCGAGCGCCUGCUGGACAUCAUGAGAACUCAGCCAUCAGUUGAAAAUCAGAAGGGAGCUAGACCGUUGAAGUUCGUAGCUGGGGAGGUCGAGUUUGAGCGGGUUUCUUUCAGUUACGACAAGAAGAAGGGCAUCAUCAAGGAUGUCAGCUUCCAUGUUCCUGCUGGUCAGACAGUUGCUUUUGUGGGCGCCACUGGAGCUGGAAAAUCUACCCUCAUCAAGCUCCUUGAUCGAUUUUACGAUGUGGGCGAUGGUCGUAUUUGCAUUGAUGGCCAAGACGUGCGAGAUGUUGAUCUGUUCAGUCUUCGCGAUCGAAUUGGAGUCGUUCCUCAGAAUCCAAUUCUGUUUGACGACACGAUUAUGAACAAUGUACGAUAUGGAAGGAUAACCGCGACCGAUGAGGAAGUGUUUGAAGCAUGUCAAGCCGCUUGCAUUCAUGAUAAGAUCAAAGGCUUCACUCAUGGAUACAAGACACGGGUUGGAGAGCGCGGCGUAAAACUGUCUGGCGGUGAGCUUCAGCGAAUUGCAAUUGCUCGAGCAAUGUUGAAGAAGCCGGACAUUGUUCUUCUUGAUGAAGCCACCAGUGCGGUUGACACAGAUACAGAGCAACAGAUUCAGAUAUCUUUCAAGAGGCUGUGUCAGGGACGAACCACGUUCAUCGUCGCCCACCGUCUUUCAACGAUUAUGAACGCAGACCGGAUUAUUGUAGUUGAAAAUGGCGAGAUACUUGAGCAGGGGAACCACGACGAAUUGAUCGUGGCGGGUGGGAGAUACGCCGAUCUUUGGUCAAAGCAGGUCUUUGUGCGAACAAAGGAGGAAGACGCUGAUGCCUCGGCUGGCCAAGCAGGAUUUGUUAACGACCUAUCCUCAGAGCAGACCAGAACCGAACUAUCAAAAGUCAACAAGCCGACAACAGCAAACAACGAGCAGCCGAAGUCAUCUGAAGCCAGAGCCAGCGAAGAGGAUGCUUCCGUUGCCCAAGAUCGCAAGCAAGAGGGAACCCGGUUGAAUCCUGUUGCCGCUACAUUCACCCCUCGCAGGUUGGCCAAGAUGAGGAAAUCCAUGGAGACCGGGACCUCCGAGGCAUCGAACAGCUCUACCACUCAAGAAGGACUGAUAAAUGUAAGCUCACAAACGAGCCGACAGUGGUCUGACGAGGUUGCCGACCAAGAUGAGAAGACCUUCAAGACGACAGUCGUGACUGGCCGGCCAUAG